AUGAUUUUCCAAUCUAUCUUAGUGGCUGUCGCGCUUUUCCUACAAGUUUCGGCCGCCGGAACAAGCUUUUUGGCCGUCAACUCACAGCGCUACAAGGACGCUUUGCAGCAAGAUGGCGUUGAGAGUUGGGCCGAACUUUCAACUCUGAGCUAUGCAGAAGAACCUUUGAUAUGCUUUAGAUUCACGAAGUUUGAUUUGUUGGCUCAAAUUGUGCAAUCUCCGGCCGAAAUUAGAUUUUUGCCUACCUUUUUCGAGGAACUAGUGAACCAAGUGUGGAAUCACGAUUCGUUUGUUGACGAAGCGGACUCUUCUCCUAUCCAAAUAGGCAAGCUUCCCAAGUCUCCUUUGGCCUCUUUUUAUAACCAGAUCGACCGUGAGAACGAUGUGGUCGUCUUCGAAUUCACAGACUCGGAGUACGAUUUAACGAGUCUCGACGAGUACUUGGAAACCGCGUACCUGUUUUUGGAGGAGAGCCUCGCAAACAUCGACAACAUCGUCAUCCAAGUGCCCUCUGUUAGCGAAGGUUACACCAGGAGCACGGCCAAGACCUCCGAAGUCGAUGUCUCGGACCCUGAAAAACAACCCGAGCCUAGCACUCCAGCCGGCGACAGCAACGAAAUGAGCACUUUGUGGACAGAAGGACUGAUUAGCUGCUUGAUUGUGGCUGGUAUUCUAUUGGCAAUUUUGAUUGUGGCCAUCUCCUGGAUCACCAGUCUUGACAUCAGUUACGGGGCCUUUGAAAAGCCCGCGAACCCAAUCAAAAAGACCAACUGA